GUGACCAACGAAGACCUUCUUCCCAAAAAGGUUCGACUGUGUGAAACAGACUUCAGAGUUAUGGCACGAGAUGAGUUAAGUUUAAGAUGGAAGCAGUAUGAAGCAUAUGUGCAAGCUUUGGAGGGCAAGUACACAGACCUCAACCCUAAUAAUGUCACUGGCUUAAGAGAGUCUGAAGAAAAACUAAGGCAACAACAGCAAGAGUCUGCAUGCAGGGAAAACAUCCUUGUUAUAAUACCAGCAACCAAGGAACAAGAGAUGCAAGAGUGUACUACUCAAAUCCAGUACCUCAGGCAAGUGCAGGAGCCUAGCGUUGCCCAACUGAGAUCAAUAAUGGUAGACCCAGCGAUGAAGUUGUUUUUCCCAAAAAUGAAAGGUGAACUGGAACAGACUAAAGACAAACUAGAACAAGCCCAAAAUGAACUGAAUGCCUGGAAGUUUGCACCUUAUAGGUAAACAAGUCACACUCACUAGUCAAGGCUUUCCUGACAGUCCCACUACCAGAAAGCUGUGGUGGAAUGGCCAAGUACUAGUUUUCACACCAAGACUCAGAUGUUUUGAGCCAAAAAAGCCACAUUCUUAUACUGUCCAGCUUGUAAUAGUUAAUGUAAAACUAACCAGAUGAACCUUGUGUUUCGGCUAGAACAUGUAAAAUCCCAGUAAAAUGUAAAAAUGGAAUAUGCAGCCCUCUUAACCUUGAGCAUAGUGACUUAGAGACAUUGUAUAUUAGUUUUGCCAAUAACACUGUGGACUUUAUGAUUUUUGGGUCAAAACUUGAAUGAGGUAAUUUUGUCUUUCAAGAGUUUAUUUGCUAAGAACCAACUAGUCAUGAAAGAAUCCACUAAUAGAUGUCAGAAAAAGUAGUUCAUAAACUUCAACGUUUAGUUUGGGGCUCUGUGUUACCUGACUGAGCCUUAAAUCAAUGGUUUUAAUCGAUGGUGUGUUCUUUGAAUGGUCGAUAAUGCUGUAGACAAUCUUACCAAGAACUGUACAGAUGUGGAGGUGUGGCUUUCAAAUUCAGGUUUAAACUGCUGGAAGCAAUAUAAAUAUUCAUUUUAUAAUUGGAUUGUAUAAAGAUAUUGGCUGUGAUGAGCUUUCUGUUUUGUUUUGUUUUUUAGUAGUGAAAUUGAUUAAAUCCCCAUUCCAUUCAACACACACUUGUUGAAAGAGCAUUGUCGUGGUGUUAUUAGGGGAUGUGUUUCUUCACUGUAUUUGGGCCUUUUGUAUUGCACUCAUGAUAUUAAAUGUGCCUUGAAGUAGUUGUUUUUUAAAAGUUCAAGGAAUACUAUGAUGAUUUUGUUGUACUUUAACAUUUUAAUUUGGGGAGCUGUACAUAGCAGGCUGAUUUUAGAAAAACUGUAGCUGUGCUCUUCAGAGCAAAGGAAAAGGCUCUCUGUGCCUCAUGUUUUAAAGACCUACUAUUUUCCAGCUGGUACUAUAACAGAGAAGGAAAUUUGACACUUGUGACUUUUGGACACUUUAUCCCAAGAGACUGCAUAGAAAUUAACGUGGGUCAGCUUCACAGGGUGCCUAAAAUGUGUCAGCUUG